UUUCCGUGUUUUUUUAAAACUACGCUAUAUGCAUAAAGGAAAGAGUGUUUAAAAGCUAGCAAAAAAAUAAACUGUCAAUUUUUAUUAUAUUUUUUCGUUUAAAGUGAAGGUUAAACUUGUUUAUAGUUAUACAAUUUUGAAAAAAUUGCGAUUUUUCCCUGUUAAUGAAUCCUGCCAAAAUAGAUGGACAACAAGACUGCAAAAGAUAUUUGCGUUUAAAUUAAUUCAUCCAAAUGCCAAUCGAAGCCUUUGUUAAAUGGUGACAUUUACAACAUUUUUUCUGAAAAUAAUUUCAAAUUAUCAAAAACUUGUCUGAAAUUAUAAAAACUGAACAUUGGACCUCAAAAUGCAUCUGAUUUUAAAAUAUUCUUCAACAAUAUAAGAUACUUGCAUAAAAAGAUAAAAAUCUUUAAAAAAACCCUACCCAGUGAUAGGCUGCUAUUGUUAAUUUUUUGCAGCAACCAUUUAAAUAUGAAAGAAAAAGAAAUAGUUCUAAUACAAAUAUUCUUUUAAACGUUGCAAGUGAUUUAAUUAUUGUCUCAGACACAAUGCAGAGAAUCAAGUGUGGUUCAUGCAAAACAAAAAAAGAUGAAAUACAUUGUUUACAAGAAAAAAAAACAGAAAAUUGCAGCAGAGAGUUCGUUUUUUGAAAAAAUCAAUGACCCGUAACAAGCUUACAAACAAAAAAUUUAAAAGACAGUAUUUUUCAAUAAAUUUAUGGAAAUUGAAAUAUUCAACAACAAAAAAUUCAGCAGAAUAAGUUUCAUUCUCUAGAUUUCAUAAAUGAAUUAAGAAUUCUUAAAAUUAGUAGAAUGAAGUUGCAACAAAAUUUUAAAAAGAUAGGAAGGAAACACAAAACUGUUAUUAAAGAAUUACAGGAACAGAUAAAAAUUAAAGAGCAAGAAAAUAAACAACUUGUAGAACAAAAUCAUUAUUUAACUAGUAUUGUUUUAAAAAAAAAAAUAAUAAUAGGUUACUUAAAGAAACCAAAAAAUGAAAAACAUAUGACCUACCCAUAAGAAAAUGUGUUUAUGCUGCUAUUAUUAACAAUGUGCCUGUGGAAAGUGUCUCAUUUUUGUUAGAAAAAAUUUAUCAACUGUUACACAAUACAGAACUGCAAGAAACACCUCAUCACAGUAAAUCGAAUGGCAUAUGAGCCAGGUGUUUUAGCAUUGGUUCAGGCUGGUGAGGCACUUUUUCAUUGUGAAUGUGCAACAGUAGUGUUUGAUGCAACCAGCGCUUUAGACAAACAUGUAAAUGAGUUUCUUAUCAGUACCUAUCCUCUGCAAAGAUGUUAUUCCUUAUCAACCGCUAAACUUGCUAGAGGUACAGGAUUUGACCGUGCCACUCAUAUUGUCAGUGUAAUAAGAGAACUUGCCAAUACAUUUGCAGAGUUUAAAAAUAUGCCAGCAGUAGAAGUUUUAGACGUAUUCACUCAAAAAAUAAAAAGUUGUCUGUCAGACAGAGCACCUGUUAAUAGUUGUGUGAAAAAUAUGCUUCAGGAGGAGAUGGACAUUCAAUUAAUGCAACUGCACUGCAAUGUUCAUCCAUUGGAAACUAUUGCCAUAAAAGCAUUAUUAGUUCUUAAAACAUUAGAUAAUGAGUUGAAGAUAAAACCGGCUAAAGGAACUGAUGGGGUUGCAGUAACAGUCCUAAAAAAUAUUUCUAAGCUAAGGUAAUCUUUUAUAUGUAUAUCUUUCAUUAUUUAAAUUUUUAAAAUAAAGAUAAUAUCAGCUUUGAUAAGCUACACAGAGACAGUUCUCAAAAGACAGAUGGCCAGGUAUUUGACUGGCAAUCUCUCAAAUCCAUCUAAAGAAAUGAUAAAAACCACACUAUCUGCUCCACCUCAUACAAAUGAGGCUGAAAGGAUAUUGUGCAUGCGUGAUUUUUUUUUGCGUCGUGCUCCUAAUGCUACUUUUGGUUUUCUGGAUUCUAAAAUAAAAGCCAGGGUAAACAAAACAUUAACAUGGCUUGAUGAGAAAACAUUGCAAGAACAAGAAGACCUUAUUCAAUUUGCAAUUCGCAGAGGAGCUUUAACGUGUCAAGCCUCUAAAAAUUUUAAUAAUCUUUUGUAUGAAGAAAUAGGAAAAAGAUGCACCAAAGCUAAUUUAAAAAAAGUACGUCUGGAAAGAAAGCAACUAGAGAAGAAUAUUAAAAAAGCAAUUCCUGAAAAUGCCAAAACCACAAAUCCUCUUUUUGUUAAUAUUGAUGAAAAACAAAAACAAAUUUUAGGAGCAAUUUAAAAAAAUGGAAACUUGAUAGGGCAGCUCUUAAGCCAUAAAUGGGAGCUAGAUGAUGGCAAUAUACAUUUAUUUUUUGGUAGAAUUGUUGAUCAAAAGGUAGCAACAA